AUGGCUGGAAGUAUCAAGCAAGGUACGUGGUUUGAUGAUGUUUGCUAUGUGGUAGCAAAAUACGAUUAUGAGGCGCAGGGUGCCCAGGAGCUAGAUUUGAGGAAAAACGAUCGUUAUCUGCUGUUGGACGAUAGUAAGCACUGGUGGAGAGUACAGAAUACACGCAAUCAAUCGGGCUACGUACCGAGCAACUACGUCAAGAAGGAGAAAAAAUCCGUCUCAUUGUUCGAUAGCUUUAAGAAGAAGGUUAAAAAGGGUUCCGGCAGCAAAACACUACCCAAUUGCUCACCUUCUAGGCAGGUCGAUAGUCCCACAAUGAGCCGACGGUUACCGCCGGAUCCUUCGGAUGCCAUUGGAACUGCCAUAGUCAAAUACAACUAUCAGGCGCAACAGCAAGAUGAACUGUCGUUGACCAAGGGUACGCGGAUAUUGAUACUGGAGAAAUCAAACGAUGGUUGGUGGCGUGGCCAGAGUGGCUCAGCGACCGGAUGGUUUCCCAGCAACUACACAACAGAAGAAAACGAAGACGAUACGCUGCACACGUACGCGAUGGCAGAAAACGUGCUCGACAUUGUUGUGGCUCUAUACUCAUUUAAUUCGAACAACGAUACAGAGCUGUCUUUUGAAAAGGGUGAUCGGUUGGAAAUACUUGAUCGACCCGCGGCUGAUCCCGAAUGGUACAAAGCCCGGAAUAAUAAUGGCCAGGUUGGAUUAGUACCGCGUAACUAUUUACAAGAACUGUCGGAAUAUUUGGCUCAACCAUUCCGUAGCAAUGGCAGUGGGCCGGAUUCACUUGAUCGACGACCUAACGAUGCGCAAUCGAACAACAACAACUCCAACACGAACAACAGUAACAACAAUAAUUCUCAGCAACCAGAGAGACCCCAUCUGACCGGGAAAAGCUGGUACUACGGUGCUAUUACACGAAGCCAAUGUGAUACGGUGCUAAACUCUCACGGACACGAUGGAGAUUAUUUGAUUCGCGAUAGUGAAACAAAUCUGGGUGACUAUUCUGUAUCGUUGAAGGCCCCUGGUCGUAAUAAGCAUUUCCGUGUGCACGUUGAAGGUAAUAUGUACUGCAUCGGGCAACGUAAAUUUCACACACUGGAUCAACUAGUGGACCAUUACCAAAGAGCUCCCAUUUACACUAACAAGCAAGGCGAGAAGCUAUAUCUUGUACGGCCGCUGCCGAAAGCGAAUGGUACCUAA